AAAUAAAACCCAAUCUCUGUUAUUUUACGCUGGUUGGAAGCUGAAACCGCUAAACUCACCUCUUGUAACUCAACACCUUGCUCUUCCAACUCAACUCAAUUUUAUUUUAUUUUUCUCAUUCGAACCCUUUUUGAUUGCCAAUCCUCAAGAACUGAUCUUGCAUGCAAACCCAAAACACAUUAUUAUUUUAUUUUAUUUCUUAACAAUUUGAUCAAUAAUAAUAAUAAUAAUAAAAACAAUAAAAGGUGCAUGGUGGGGUUGGAGGAGCUAUCUCUCUGAGAGUAACGCCUGAAGCAGAGACUGGAGAGGGGUGGUUUCAGUUUGGGGUUGUGUUUGUUUGUUUGUUUGUUUCCGCGGAAAACCCGUUUGGAAACUGACGUUUAUUGUUUUGCUGAUCUGGUGGAAGCGUCGCGACAGACAGAAACAAUGGCUGGUGCCACAAAUUGGCUUACGUUUUCGUUGACUCCCAUCGACUCGCACUUUGUUCCAUUCGACACUUCCUCUCAAUGCUUCGUCGAUAACUUUUAUGGGUGCACAAGUUCCAAGGGCGUGAUGGAGUCGCAGAGUGGAAACCAAGCACUUGUGGUGCCGAAAGUGGAAGAUUUUUUCGAGAGCCAAACGGAGACUCAGGAGAAUUCCUCGCUGACUCAUGUUUACGACCACGGUUCUGCCUCGGCUUACUUCAGUGACCUGCAAGAUCUGAACGCGAUUCCUGGCCUUCAAGCGUUCCCCGAGUUGGAUGACUCAGCCUACGACAGGACCCGGGUUGCACCCACCGAGUUGUCAUACAAAGGAGGUUUGUCUCUGUGUGUCGCGGCGCACGGUUCUGAUUCUGAGGUUAAGGCCAUCGUGGCCGUGGAAAAUGAUACCCACAAGAAGGUGCUUCCGAAUAACUUGGGUGGCCAGCGAACUUCUAUAUACAGAGGGGUCACAAGACACCGAUGGACGGGUAGAUACGAAGCGCAUCUGUGGGAUAACAGCUGUAGACGCGAGGGUCAGGCCAGGAAAGGGCGUCAAGUGUACUUGGGUGGAUAUGACAAGGAAGAAAAAGCUGCGAGAGCUUAUGACUUAGCAGCUAUAAAGUACUGGGGACCAACAGCUACCACCAACUUUCCUAUUGCCAAUUAUACAAAGGAACUGGAGGAGAUGAAACAUGCAGGGAAGCAAGAAUUUAUUGCAUCACUUCGGAGGAAAAGUAGUGGUUUUUCAAGGGGAGCUUCUGCUUACAGGGGUGUUACCAGGCAUCACCAACAGGGUAGAUGGCAAGCAAGAAUUGGCCGAGUUGCAGGAAACAAGGAUCUGUACUUGGGAACAUUUGCAACUGAAGAGGAGGCAGCAGAGGCAUAUGACAUUGCAGCCAUCAAGUUCAGAGGUUCAAGCGCGGUGACCAACUUUGAGAUGAGCAGAUAUGACGUGGAAGCUAUACUGAAUAGCUCUCUUCCAGUUGGUGGGGUAGCAAAACGCUUGAAGCUUUCCCCAGAAUCUGAGACCAAAGCUCCUAUAAAUAGCAGCACUCAACAACCUGAGGUCACAAACGUGAGUAGCAGCAUCAAUUUCUCAAACAUUCAGCCACUUGCUUCUAUACCCUUUGACCCUGCACACACAUGCUACCCUCACAACCUCUUCCACCAGUUUCACCCCACCAAUGGUGCAAGUAGCACCGCUGAGUCUUCUGCAACUGUGACCAAUGCAAAUGCAACAACACUCACUACCCUACCACCACCACCACCACUUCCUGGGUUCUUUAUAUGGCCUCAUCACCAGUCCUAUAAUUGAAUAUAUUGUUGAAAAUGAUCAACUAGCUAAUUUUCUGUUUGCUAACAAAUCGAAAGCUAGUCUUUGGUGCAAUUUAUGCCUCUGACCUCUCUAUAAGCCUUUUUCCUGAGAAGAAUGAAAGAUGGGAGUUUUUUGCUCGUAAAGCCGAGUCAUAGUAACUGUAGGAAGUGGAUUAUGUAUGUAACUCCUCAAAAGAUGAGGAAUAUUGAGUUGCGGAUUUUCAUAUCUGAA